AGCGACACGAUCCGCCUAAUUAAGGAUCUCCUUAACUGUCUCUCUCUCUCUCUCUCUUCCCUUCUUUUGCCACCUUGCAUUACACAGUAAAAGCGACUAAGUAUUUUCUGCAUCGUGUGCUCUGUCAUUAUUCCUGUUUUGUUUCUUUUUUGUUUCCCAAACAAAUACGUUAAGCUCACCUCUACAUUUACCAACAGACCAUUCCUCGUUUAACACGAUGUCCCACGAACUUAUCAAUAAAAUCGCCUUCAUCACGGGCGCCGGUGCCGGUCUCGGCCGCGGAAUCUCCGAGCUGUGCUUUGAGCGCGGCUGCAGCGUGUUUCUGGCGGACGUGAACGGCGCCUCGGUUGAGAAGCUGGCCGUCACGCUGAACGCCGGCAAACACGCCGUGGAGGGUCAGCGCGCGGUGGCGGCGGCGCUGGACGUGUCAAACGAGCAGCAAUGGACGACUGUGGUGGACGCGUGCAAGAGCGCUUUUGGCCGCAUUGAUAUUCUGGUGUGCGACGCCGGCUGGCAUGCCAUGGCCCCUCUGGAACACGUCACGCUGGACAUCUGGAACAGGAUGAUGAACAUCAACGCAUUCGGCGUCCUCCUCGGCAUGCGCACUGUGGCUCCGCUGAUGAAGGCGUAG